AUGGAGAACCAACCUGAGGGCCUCAAAAUAAAGCGUGAGAUAGGGUUGAUUGGUGCAAUAUCACUUGUUUCGGGGACUAUGAUUGGAUCUGGUAUUUUCAUGUCUCCACAGUUUGUAUUGAGCUAUGUGGGAAGCCCUGGAGCCUGUCUGUUGGUAUGGGCCCUGUCUGGAGUUGUGGCCAUGUUUGCAGCCCUUUGCUAUACAGAACUCGGGACAAUCUUCACUGAAUCCGGAGGGGAAUAUAUUUACAUCCUACGUACCUAUGGCUCGUUUCCUGCGUUUUUUGCAGCAAUACAUUUGAUUGUGCUUUCAAAACCAUUUGGGCUUGCUGCAAUAUCCAUCAGUAUUUCAGAGUAUGCCCUGACACCGUUUUUCCCAGGCUGUGCUCCUCCUUGGAUGGUGGUCAAAUGUGCGGCUGCUGGGGCCAUUCUGCUGGUUGCCACAGUGAACUGUCUAAAUGUCCGCCUUGCCAUCAGAGUUCAAGUGGUCUUCCUAUUAGCUAAAGUGCUGUCUUUGAGUAUAAUUGUGAUUGGAGGAAUAGUGGCAGUAGCACAGGACAGCAGGAUCUUUAUGGAUAAUUUAAGAGUUGAAAAUUCCUUUGUUGGUACUGAGACUUCUGUGAGCACUUUUGGAAUGGCCUUUUACCAAGGGCUCUGGGCUUUUGCUGGAUGGUACAACCUUAAUUUUGUCACUGAGGAGUUGAAAAGACCAGAGGUCAAUCUCCCCAGAGCCAUUGUUAUCGGAGUUUCCUUGGUGACUGUAUUAUAUCUGCUGGUAAAUUUGAGCUUUCUCUCAGUAAUGACCCCCAGUGAGCUUAUCUCGUCCAAUGCGGUGGCAGUUACAUGGGGAAACAAGGUGCUGGGGAGCUGGGGGUGGAUCAUGGCCGUGGCUGCUGCCUUGUCUUCAUUUGGAUCUUUGAAUGGGUCAUUAUUCGUAACUGGCAGAAUUAUCUUUGUGGCUGCCAGAGAAGGACAUUUGCCUGAUAUCCUGUCCAUGGCCCAUGUGCAUAGACUUACCCCUUCUCCAUCCCUCAUCUUCACUGCCGCCAUUGCCUUGGUGGUUCUCAUGUCUGGGGAUUUUGAAACUAUUGUGAACUAUGCAAGCUUCGCGGCCUGGUUCUUUAUUGGCAUAACAGUGUCAGGAGUAAUCUAUCUCAGAAUUAAGAAACCAGAUCUUCCCAGACCAUAUAAAGUUUUCAUCUUACUGCCUGUAGUGGCCAUAGCCGCAUCCAUCUUUUUUGUGCUGGCUCCUAUUUUGGACAAUCCACGACUAGAAUAUCUCUAUGUGGCUUUAGCACUCUUAAGUGGAAUCAUCAUCUACAUCCCAUUUAUUCAUUACAAACUUUGGCCUGGUCUGUUGACUAAACUCACUAUGUUUCUGCAGCUGUUUCUGGAAGUGGCACCUGCACAAAAAAAUGUCUAA